GUUUUUCCUUCUUCCAAUGAGUGUAGUAUUCCGGAAAACGAAAAGUCAGAAGAAGUGUUCGCUUUUCCUGAAACAGCAACUAAGAAUUGCCAAUUGCUUGCAGGCGAAGGCGCCUGAGUACUUUCUCAUUGCAAGUAGGCUUACCCUAGUUGUUGCGUUGCUGUAAAAAUGGAGGGUCCGCCCGCGGUCGCAGCACGAUUCCCUCUUGCCUCUCCGCCGGUUCUAGCCACGGGCCACCUCGUCAGCUACCGAGAAAACAUUGCUGCGUCGACGACGAAAGACCACUACAACCCCCACCCGUCUCCAGAUGAGCAGACGGAAAAGACCAAAAGCAGUCAAGACGACGAACCGUCCGCGGCUUGCUCCAGUAGUUCUUGUUCUUCCUCGUCAUCUUCGGCAGCAGCCGCGGUCGAGACAACCACUUCGGACGAGCAAAAUAACGAGCAGCAGCAAGGCUUUCCACCGACAGUUGUGAACCCUGAUGAACCUUCUUCGCAAGCACUUCUGCAGUCACGCUCAACCACCUCCUAUCCCGUCCCCGACGAUGAUGAGUUGAACAAUUUGGGGCUGUUGAAACAGGUCGGCCGGAGCGCUUCGAUUUCAGAAAGAAGCCGGAAUGCAGCUGUUGCUGCGCCGCCAUCUGGCUCUGCUGCCAGUUGUACAAGCGAGCAACCCGCUUCAUCGGCCUCACCGGGUGGCGAUGGUGCACUUGAAAGAAAAGCUGCUCCGGUGGAUCUGGAUGUUGUUCAGGUAGAAGUGUUGAACAUGGAUCCAAUCAAUGGUUUGCGUUUUGUCCUUUCAAUCAUGAUUGCACACGAAGUAUAGCUAUUUAUUCUGCCGGAAACGAAUCGUCUGCGCCAAUAAAACGAAAUAGAAAUGCAUGAAUUUCAGUGUGUAUGUCUUACCCCAUUUUUCAUCUUGUACACGACACAAGAACACAUUGAUAUCAGGUUCCAGCAAAAGCCCCCAAGCCAAUUCUCCGUCGAGCAGUAGCAGGCCAACAAGCUCUAUUCCAAGAAAAGGCGGAAUUACUACACGAGAAGCAUUUAGACGUGUUUAAGUACGCAUCGCAAACUAUCGUACACUAGUACUAAUGGCAUGACAAAUAUCGUCAGAAUGCAAAAUGGAAUUAAUAUUUACAUUGCUUGACUUCCGGGUUCUGGUAACGCAUACCCCCGGCGACAGGUGACCUCGACAGGUGACCGCGACAGGUGACCGCGACAGGUGACCGCGACAGGUGACCGCGACAGGUGACCAUCACAGGUGGGCACGACAGGUGGCCGCGACAGGUGAGGGCCAUUCCCCCACUAGCGUUUCGCGCACUAAGUCACUAUGCGCGCGCCUGGUGUGAGGCGAGGGGCGGACGCUGUCCGCCCCGAUGGCGAACACCCCUCCCCCACUAGCGUUUCGCGCACUAAGUCACUAUGCGCGCGCCUGGUGUGAGGCGAGGGGCGGACGCUGUCCGCCCCGAUGGCGAACACCCUUCCCCCACUAGCGCCACUAGGGACGGGCACAAGGCCCCAGCGUGGGGACCCUGUCCCCACGCGUGGGUCUUGUUUGUCAUGCGGAUUUAUCUUCAGACAGAACUUUUGUAAUGCAUGAGGGCAAUUAGAAGUACGAGCACGAUAGUAUUUUUGCGAUGUAUAUCAAGAAGCAAGUCCGGAUCUCCUCCAAAGUUUCCUACCAAUCCGCACCUUCGCCCGUCCCCGGGAGCUGCAGUAGUCCGGAUGUCCACAGUCCGACCUGGCGCACUACUUCCGCGCUGUUUUUCCGGAAUUCCAUGCUUUUUGGCGCGGCCAGGAGUCCCAACAUGGGCACAGCGGACAGUGCUGCGGUGGCUGCGGCAACGCGCGUGGCACAACCCUCGAAAGGCUUGACAACUUCUUUUACGGCUGGGUCUGGUGCGGAAAAAGGAUCGGCUUUUACUGCUGGACCAGCUUGGAUUGGCGUCCCGGGGCUAAGAUUAGGCUUGUCAUCCUCGCCAGUGGAAGGAGCAUCUGAAGAACUACCAGCGGAGAUGAACAAUCCACCAGCCCCUGCACACGGCUCUGCCACGACGAACAGCAGUUCAUCAGCUGGAACACAGUGGGACGUGCAGGAUUUCGCGAGCUGGCUGUACAGUGCAGGUUCAGCUACAUCGGGAAAAAAUGUUGAGGGGAAUGUAAAUGUAUCAGCAAGUAGAUCGCAGGAUCGCGCCCUUGAGAAACGAAGCUUUUUUCCAGCACAACAGCAAUCACAAAAAAAUCGCCCAUCAUCGCCAGCGUGGCACGGGAACAACCUCAAUCUUCACAACCAGCAGCCACCGCAGCAGCAACCCCGUGGCUCACCUUUUCCGGCCGUCUGGCGGCAGGAUAAUUACGGACAGCCAAUGUGUCAUCGUGGUGGUGGUGGUUCUAUAUGGCAAUACCAAAAUUACAACUUUCAACCUCCUUACCGGCAAAUGAACUUGCAACGCCAGCAGUACAACUACAACAGAUUUGCGACAGCGCUUGGGUGGAACACUACCAGACGGGCAGGUGGAACGUCCUCUGUACCGCUCAGCAACCAUAUUAACUUUCACCACCACAACCCCCAUCCCCGACUCCUCCGCCCGCACCUCUUCGCGAAUCCAAAUACGGGGAAUGCUUCAGCUGCCAGCACGCCAGUGAAGAAAAACCAGUCGCCUACGAAAAAUGAGAUCGGCGUUCUUGGACAACAGCAACAGCAACUACAGGCAGUGUCAACAGGUGGGCGAAAGAAGAAAAACAAGAAGUACUUGGUGACGAUCGAUGGGGAGGUGCAUGGCAUGGUGGAGGAGGAUGAGGAUGAUCCGAUGGGGGAGGUUGUAGAAUAGGGGGGUUGAGUCGUGGUUAAAAUCAUUGCAUACUAAAUGUCACCACUUCCAACUGUACUUUUAGCUGAACAUCAUGACAGCUCUAGUUUUUUUUUGUCUCGCAUUCUCGCUAGCAGCUGAAAGGCAAAUUUUCAGAAGCACGUCUUAGCUCCGAGAAUGGAAACUCAAGCUUUGGGAGUGAGUAGUCGUUUCUUCACAAUGUUUCACCCAUUUUGUUUGUCUAUCACAUCCAUUUCAUUUUCUUUAUCUUUUGUGUGAUAUUUUCUAGGUUUGAGGUCGUGGAAGGUCAAAUUUCUUCCGACCUGCGCAUUGCAAAAUGAAGACAGCCUGUAUGAUGAACGAUUUUCAACAUGGUAGCCGCAGCUGUCACAGAUGAAGCCAGAGUUUUUUGGAAUUUGAUUGCGUUGACUUUGAAGUUUGCUUCGAUUCCGUGGUGCACCGUAGUUAC